GCUGAAAUGGCCUGUUCGAUUACACACAAAGGCUAUUAAUAUUAUCUAAACGUGCAUAAUACCUUUAAAGACAAACUAAAAGUCAUAUUUCUGUCACUUUUCAAAUCAAAACACAUCACGGGCAACAUGUGUUAAUAUUUGCUGUUGAUAAAUGCAUAUGAGAAUUUUUAUUUUUUAAAGUUUAAUUCAAAAAGCAGUAGCCUGCUGCAUUAUCCCGAAUCUCUUAAAGAGUUGGCAGACGGUUAAAUAAGCUCCAGGAUGGUAUUUUAAUCAUUAAUGUGGUUUGGUUUCUUACAUUCUCUUAAAGCAUUACAUUUCUCAGUAAAUAUGGCAGAAAUCUUCAUUAGAGAUGCUGGAUGUUGAUUUCUGCUCACAUACCUGCUCUGUUUUGCCUGUGUGCCGAAGGCCACACAUGGAUGCACCUUGUGACAAGUCACCAUUUUGGUGUAAACGGUAAGCUUGGCUGGACACAUGAGCUGCACCUUAUAAGGUAGUAUGCCUGCUAAGUCCCUAGCAUCCCUCUUUGGGCUACCAAGCUACCAGGAGCAAAGGGUUAGCCAAACAUGGGCAUUCCAGCAUGGCAGCUCAGUUGUUUGAUUAUAGGGGUUAUCUGUGUGCUGCUUUUCAUGUUUUAUUGCCUGCUGUUCAAUGGGAGGUCAAAGCAGCCUUGUGACCUGCAUGAAGAGGCAGAGGCAAGGAUAAGUGACAGGCCAGAGGUCAAACCGAGGUCAGAGGUCAACCCGACUUCCAUCCACCCACCAGAGGCUGACCCAGUCGCCAGUGACGAUCCAGACGUCAGCUCGACUGCCUCUGAACUACCAGCAGUUGACUCCGACUCUGCCGCCCGCGCGCUUCAGAUUGAUUCAACCACUAACGGUGAUAUUUCCGACAUGGCUGACCCAGCCCCCGACGACGGCAAGUACCUCUUCCUGGAAAAUGACUUUCGCAACAGCGGGGUGGCGCAAGCCGAUUGGGCGGCCAAGAAGAUGGUGUGGGUGCCAUCGGAGAGGGAGGGCUUCGAGCAGGCCAGCAUAAAGGAGGAGAAGGGUGAUGAGGUGCUGGUGGAGUUCUCCAACGGUCAGAAGGCGACGGUGAACAAAGACGACAUCCAGAAGAUGAACCCGCCCAAGUUCAGCAAGGUGGAGGACAUGGCCGCCCUCACCUUCCUCAACGAAGCCUCCGUCCUCCACAACCUGCGAGAGAGAUACUUCUCCAGUCUGAUCUAUACGUAUUCAGGUCUGUUCUGCGUGGUGGUGAACCCCUACAAGAUGCUGCCCAUCUACUCCGAAAAGAUCAUCGAGAUGUAUAAGGGCAAGAAACGUCACGAGGUGCCGCCACACAUCUACUCCAUCACAGACAACGCCUACAGGAACAUGAUGCAAGACCGUGAGGAUCAGUCUAUUCUCUGCACAGGUGAGUCUGGAGCUGGGAAGACAGAAAACACCAAGAAGGUGAUUCAGUACCUGGCUGUCGUCGCCUCCUCACACAAGGGCAAGAAGGACGUGAAUCCUGAUUCAGUGGCUGCAGCUGUGGUCAAGCAGCAGGCGGGAUCUCUGGCCUACGGGGAGCUGGAGAAGCAGCUGCUGCAGGCUAAUCCCAUCCUGGAGGCGUUUGGAAACGCCAAAACCAUCAAGAACGACAACUCCUCACGAUUUGGCAAGUUCAUCAAGCUCAACUUUGAUGUGACCGGCUAUCUUGUUGGGGCGAAUAUUGACACCUACCUGCUGGAGAAGUCUCGCUGUAUUCGUCAGGCCAACACUGAGAGAGCCUUUCACAUCUUCUAUUACAUGGUGGCAGGAACCAAGGACAAGAUGAGGGAGGAGCUUCUGCUGGAGGACUUCGGCAGCUAUCGUUUCCUGGUGGCGGGUCACGUGGAGAUCCCCGGUCAGGAGGAUGACGAGCUGUUUGAUGAGACUCUGGAGGCCAUGGAGAUCAUGGGCUUCACUGAGGAGGAGAGAAUAGGGAUGUUAAAGGUGGUGUCCACUGUUCUCCAGCUGGGCAACGUCAAAAUUGAGAAGGAGAGGAACAGUGAGCAGGCGACCAUGCCUGACAAUACCGCUGCCCAGAAGGUGUGUCACCUGCAGGGCAUCAAUGUCACCGACUUCACCCGCGCCAUCCUCACACCCAGAAUCAAAGUGGGCAGAGAGGUGGUGCAGAAGGCGCAGACCAAGCAGCAGGCUGAUUUUGCCGUGGAGGCUCUGGCUAAGGCCAUGUAUGAGCGCCUGUUUCGUUGGAUCCUGGCCAGAGUCAACAAGACGCUGGACAAGAGUAAGAGGCAGUCGUCCUCCUUCCUGGGCAUCCUGGACAUUGCUGGCUUUGAGAUUUUUGAGGACAACUCCUUCGAGCAGCUCUGCAUCAACUAUACCAACGAGCGUCUGCAGCAGCUCUUCAACCACACCAUGUUCGUCCUGGAGCAGGAGGAGUACAAGAGAGAGGGCAUCGAGUGGAACUUCAUCGACUUCGGCCUCGACCUGCAGCCCUGCAUCGAGCUCAUCGAGAGGCCGAACAACCCUCCAGGCAUCCUGGCCCUGCUGGACGAGGAGUGCUGGUUCCCCAAAGCCACUGAUAUGUCCUUCGUGGACAAGCUGCUGAACACCCACACCGGUCACGUGAAAUUCUCCAAACCCAAACAACACAAAGAUAAACUGAUGUUCAGUGUGCUGCACUACGCCGGUAAGGUCGACUAUAAUGCAGCUAACUGGUUGACUAAGAACAUGGAUCCUCUGAAUGACAAUGUGACCGCUCUGCUCAACAACUCCUCCAGCAGCUUUAUCCAGGACCUGUGGAAAGACGUGGAUCGAGUGGUGGGUCUGGAGACCAUGACCAAGAUGUCAGAGAGUUCGGUGCCCACCUCCACUAAAUCCAAGAAGGGCAUGUUCCGCACAGUGGGUCAGCUGUACAAGGAGUCGCUGGGCAAGCUGAUGACCACGCUGCACAACACCCAGCCCAACUUCGUCCGCUGCAUCAUCCCCAACCACGAGAAGAGGGCUGGGAAGAUGGACUCCCAGCUGGUGCUGGAGCAGCUCAGGUGUAACGGGGUGCUGGAGGGCAUCCGAAUCUGCAGACAGGGAUUCCCCAACCGCAUCGUGUUCCAGGAGUUCAGGCAGAGAUAUGAGAUUCUAGCUGCCAAUGCCAUCCCGAAGGGCUUCAUGGAUGGGAAGCAGGCAUGCUGUCUGAUGGUAAAGCACCUGGAUCUGGAUCCUAACCUGUAUCGUAUCGGUCAGAGUAAGAUGUUCUUCAGGACGGGAGUUUUGGCCCAGCUGGAGGAGGAGAGAGACAUCAAACUGACCGUCGUCAUCAUCGCCUUCCAGGCACAAGCAAGAGGCUUCUUGGCCCGCAAGGCUUUCAGUAAACGUCAGCAGCAGCUAAGCGCCAUGAAGGUCAUCCAGAGGAACUGCGCCUGUUACCUCAAACUCAAGAACUGGCAGUGGUGGAGGCUCUUCACCAAGGUGAAGCCGCUGCUGCAGGUCACCAGACAAGAAGAAGAAAUGGGUCAGAAAGAGGAGGAACUGAAGGCAGCGAAAGAGGUGGCAGCCAAGACCGAGGCCGAACUGAGGGACAUCUCCCAGAAACACACCCAGCUGAUGGAGGAGCGAGCGCAGCUGGAGUCGAAGCUUCACGCAGAGACGGAGCUGUACGCGGAGGCUGAGGAGAUGAGGGUACGACUGGAGGCCAAGAAGCAGGAGCUGGAGGAGGUGCUGCACGAGAUGGAGGCCCGGCUGGAGGAGGAGGAAGAUCGCAGCCUUUCCCUGCAGCAGGAGAGGAAGGACAUGGAGCAGCAGCUACAGCUUAUGGAGGCCCACAUAGCAGAGGAAGAAGAUGCUCGGCAGAAGCUGCAGCUGGAGAAAGUGGCUAUGGAGGGAAAAGUCAAGAAAAUGGAGGAGGAAAUUCUGCUUAUAGAGGACCAGAAUAACAAACUGCAGAAGGAGCGAAAGCUUAUGGAGGAGAGGAUGGCUGAUAUGAGCUCCAACUUGGCAGAGGAGGAGGAGAAGUCCAAGAACCUGACCAAACUGAAGACCAAACACGAGUCCAUGAUCUCUGACCUGGAGGUGCGUAUGAAGAAGGAGGAGAAGGGUCGUCAGGACAUGGAGAAGGCCAAGAGGAAGGUGGAGGCGGAACUGGCCGAACUCCAGGAUCAGCACGCCGACCUGCAGGCCCAACUAGCCGAGCUCCGAGCCCAGCUAGCUGCCAAAGAAGAGGAGCUCCAGGCCACACAGGCCCGCUUGGAGGAGGAGAGCAAUCACCGUGGGGCAGCGGUGAAGCGGGUUCGGGAGUUGGAGGUUCUGAUUUCAGAGCUGCAGGAGGACUUGGAGGCAGAGAGGGCGGCCAGGGGGAAGGUGGAGGCAGCUCGACGGGAUCUCGGUGAGGAGCUGAAUGCUCUACGCACUGAGCUGGAAGACAGUCUGGAUACUACCGCCGCCCAGCAAGAGCUACGGGCGAAGCGUGAGCAGGAGGUGGCUAUGCUGAAGAAAGCCAUGGAGGACGAGGGACGGAGCCACGAGGCCCAAAUCCAGGACCUGAGACAGAAACACAGCCAGGCUGUGGAGGAGCUCAAUGAGCAGCUGGAGCAGGCCAAGAGGGUGAGAGCUGGUCUGGAGAAAUCCAAGCAGGUUCUGGAGAAAGAGUCGGCAGAUCUGAGUGCCGACCUGCGAUCCCUCGCCAAUGCCAAACAGGAUGUGGAGCACAAGAAGAAGAAGGUGGAGGGUCAGCUGAACGACCUGAACUCGCGUUUCAACGAGAGCGAGCGGCAGAGGACCGAGCUGGGGGAGCGAGUCUCCAAGAUGACUAUGGAGCUGGAUAGUGUGACAAGUCUGUUGAAUGAGGCGGAGGGAAAGAACAGCAAACUGAGUAAAGAUGUCUCCACUCUGACCUCUCAGCUCCAGGAUGCACAGGAGCUACUGUCAGAGGAGACCCGUCAGAAGCUGAAUCUGUCCGGACGUCUGCGUCAGAUGGAGGACGACAGGAACAGCCUGAUGGAGCAGCUGGAGGAGGAGACUGAGGUCAAACGGGGCGUGGAGAGGCAGGUCUCCAGCCUCAACGUGCAGCUGUCCGACUACAAGAAGAAGCUGGACGAGAUGUCGGGGACGGUGGAGCUGCUGGAGGAGGGGAAGAAGCGUCUGCAGCGCGAGCUGGAGGCGACCAACAGCGAGUAUGAGGAGAAGGCCUCGGCCUACGACAAGCUGGAGAAGAGCCGGAGCCGGCUGCAGCAGGAGCUGGAGGACGUCCUCAUGGACCUGGACAGCCAGCGGCAGCUUGUCUCCAACCUGGAGAAGAAGCAGAAAAAGUUUGAUCAGAUGCUGGCAGAGGAGCGCGCCGUGUCCUGUAAGUUUGCAGAGGAGCGGGAUCGAGCGGAGGCGGAGGCGAGGGAGAAGGACACGCGGGUGUUAGCUCUGGCCAGAGCGCUGGAUGAGAACCAGGAUGCUCUGGAGGAGGCGGAGAAGACCAUGAAGUCCCUCCGAGCUGAGAUGGAGGACCUCAUCAGCUCCAAGGAUGACGUGGGAAAGAGUGUGCAUGACCUGGAGAAGGCCAAGCGUGGCCUGGAGGCCAUCGUGGAGGAGAUGAGAACGCAGAUGGAGGAGCUGGAGGACGAGCUGCAGGUCGCUGAGGACGCCAAGCUGCGUCUGGAGGUCAACAGUCAGGCCCUGAGAGCUCAGCAUGAGAGGGAGCUGCACGCCCGCGAUGAGAUGGGCGAGGAGAAGAGGAAGCAGCUCCUCAAACAGGUGCGUGAGCUGGAGGCGGAGCUGGAGGAGGAGAGGAAGCAGCGAGGUCAAGCUUCAGGCGGCAAGAAGAAGCUGGAGGGGGAGCUGAAGGACAUGGAGGACCAGCUGGAGGCCACCAGCAGGGGGCGCGACGAAGCAGUCAAGCAGCUCCGCAAGAUCCAGGGUCAGACGAAGGAGCUCCAGAGGGAGCUGGAGGACUCGCGUGCAGCCCAGAAGGAGGUCCUCGCCUCAGCCAGGGAGUCUGAGCGCAGAUCCAAGGCCAUGGAGGCAGACAUCAUCCAGCUGCACGAGAUGCUGUCAGCUGCAGAGAGAGCUCGAAAGCAGGCAGAGACGGAAAGAGAUGAACUGUCUGAAGAACUGGCCAGUAACUCCUCUGGAAAAUCACUGCUGUCUGAUGAAAAGCGUCGUCUGGAGACUAAGAUCAGCCAGCUAGAGGAGGAGCUGGAGGAAGAGCAGGCCAACGUGGAGAGCCUCAAUGACCGGCUGAGGAAGAGCCAGCAGCUGGUGGAGCAGCUGGGUGCGGAGCUGGCAGCAGAGAGAUCUUCCUCUCAGAGCAGAGAGGGAUCCAGGCAGCAGCUGGAGAGACAAAACCGAGAGCUGAAGGCCAAACUGCAGGAGACCGAGGGCCAGGGCCGCUCCAAGCUCAAAUCCUCCAUCGCUGCCCUCGAGGCCAAGCUGAGAGAGGUUGAAGAGCAGCUGGAGAUUGAGAGCAGAGAGCGUCAGGCCAACGCCAAGAAUCUGCGUCAGAAAGAGAAGAAACUGAAGGAUCUAACCAUCCAGAUGGAGGAUGAGAGGAAGCAGGCGCAGCAAUACAAAGACCAGGCGGAGAAGGGCAACGUUCGGGUGAAGCAGCUGAAGCAUCAGCUGGAGGAGGCGGAGGAGGAGGCUCAGCGCGUGGCAGCCGCUCGCAGGAAACUGCAGAGGGAGCUGGAGGAGGCGAGCGAGGCCAACGACACUCUCAACAGAGAGAUGGCUUCACUGAGGAGCAAACUGAGACACUACUGAUCUGCAAACUGUCCUCAAAGCUUCUGGGAAUCAUCUCCUCUUCCUUAACGGGCUUUUUACUUCAGUUUCCUCAUCGCUGUCCUAAUCCAGUUUACACCUGCUGCGAGAUUUCAGGGGCUUCAACUUUUUUUUUUAAAUCUCGCUUUGCAACAUGCCACCAAAUUCUGCUGCUCUCUGUUCUUCCUCUGUCCUUCAUCUCCUUCUGACCCUCCUCUUCCUCCUCUUCCUCUUCCUCCUGAUGUGUCGGUUAUUCCCAGGCGUGGCGGCGGGGAGGCGGUGUUCGGUAGCCCCAGUCCCCGGAGCAGCAGCAGCAUCAGGAGCUUGGGGCUGGGAGGGAGCAUCACCCGGAGGAGCACCAUCAAAGAGAACUCAGUGGAGCUGCAGGAGGAAGAGCCUCGUUCCCCGUCUCCUCCUGCCUGCACCCCCCCUCUGGAGCCCCGAGGGGAGGCCUACACCUCCUCCCCCGACGAGUAGAGGGACCAGACGCAGCAUUAUGAUUGGAUUUCACCCAAGAAAACUGGGCAGAACCUGUUCCAGAAAUAUUUUUACACUUUUAAUUUAAAUUUGAAAGUUUCCUUUAACAAUAACGUAAAUGUUCCUGAACACAGGAGUCUCGUGGAUAUUUUAACAACACUAUGGAUUUAUGCUAAAAUUGAAAUUUAUUUCGGUCUCUUAAGUAAUUAAACCAGUUGGGGUAAAAAAAGAAAGGGUAUACGUCUCAACAAAACAGUACAUGUAUUAAAUACAAAGUCCGUAAAAUUAAUUGGCAACUACUUUGAGAAUCAAUUAAUAGUUUCAGUCAUUUUUCAAGCAAAUAUGAAAAACAUUUGCAGGUUCCAGCUUCUCAAAUAUGAAGAUUUGAUGCGGGGUUUUUGUCAUAUGAUAGUAAACUGAAUAUCUUUUGCAGUUUUGCACUGUUGGUCAGACAAAACAAGCAUUUUGAAGACGUCACCUUGGGCUCUGGGAAGUUAUACUGGGCAUUUCUCACUACUUUCUGACAUUUUAUAGACAAAAUAAUUAUUAAAAAAAAAUUAUCAAUACUCAAUACAAUAAUAAUCUAUGAGAAUAGAUAAGAAUAAGAAUCUACGAGUUUAAAUAAUCUACAAUGAUUAUAAAAGUCUCAAGCUGUAGCUCUAUAAAAUACAAUAAUGUUUCUCUUUAGUUUCCUAAAUAUGCACAUUCCUCUCAAGUCAUUGGUGUUCUUUCAUUUUAAACAACUUUUUGAUUCUUUAUACGUCAUCAUGUCAUGGUCACCAUUUAGAAAUGUUUCACCUGUUUCUGAGAAAUUACGUUUUCAUGUGAAAUUGCUCCAAAUACUACAGUACCCAUGAGCCUCAGCGGCUGACUACAGCCAGAGUUUUAGCAUAUUCAAGACACUUUGUAGCUGCAAUCAGGAACAAAACUGCACUGAAGGUGCUGAAUGUAUCCAAAAUCUAAAGAUGACUCUAAAGUUGCCUUAUCUCCUGGAGCUGCUUGAUUUUCUCAAAAAAGCAAAAAUUUUAAGUUUCAGUUUCAUGUCCAUCCAACAUCCAAGUGCUGAAAUGAGACGAACCGGCCACUCCACUUCGCUACUCAGUUUUUGUAGUUUUCAGUUUCCCUAAAAAUAAAUAAAUAAAAAAUCAUAAUUAAAACCCAUCGCUAACAAACCAAACUCUUCUCUCUUCCAUAAUUUCCUUCCUCCUCUUUGUAGCUCUAUUAAGUAAUGUAUUGCUCACCUUUGUUUUUAUCUCCCCUUCUCAAAAAUAAAUAAAAGGCAUUAAUUAAAAAAAAAAAAAAAACGUAAAACAAAACGCAAGUUACAUCUGAACCUGAUCAGCUCAACUAUUUAGCUAAUGGUGGCUGGACAGAAGGAUGAAAUGUGUGUAUUUAACCUCAAAAGUAAACGGAGGCUCACUUUUGAAAUGUCUAACAAGUGACUCGAAAGUUAAAUUGUUAGGACACAUGCAGGUCUGUCAUCCGGUCCACCAUUUUAUAUUUAAUUUGAAAUCUUUCACAACUAAGCCAAAGAGCUGUUAUUACGUCAUGUGACUUUAACAUAAUGUAGGUCCUACUGGCAGCAGCAGUUAACAUCGUCAGCGGCUAUAAACAACAACAGUGGAGGCAAGAUUUGUUUAUUCUUCUCUAGUUUUAAACAGACUGAUUUAACUGAUUGAUUCCAAAAUUGUUCAACUUUAUUUGGGGGAAAUUAAUCUCAUUAUUGAAGAAAAUAAUUAUUAUGCUAUGAGCACAAAGAAGGACAUAUGAAUGCUACAGAUUUUAACAAAUAAAGUUUACAAAAGGGAAAUGGAUACAAAAUGAUACGAAAAUAAAACGCAGCAUCCGGGAAUCUGAUUCCCAGCUUAAAUUUUCAAGAGGUUUUGUGAAGUGAAGCCAAGAAAAAGAAGAACCAACUAUUUUCAAUGUUUGUGGAUUAAUAUAACAUAUAAUUUAUGUGAAUUUAAUAUAUUUAGAUGUAUUUAUAUUCCAGCUAGUUUAAAUAAUUCCCAUAUAUAAAGUCAGUUUUCCGAGUCUCAGUUUGUGACCCAGUGACCUCUGAAAAGACCAGAAGGUCGUUAAACUAAACUUAGAGCUGUUUGAAAUGUAUUUCCAGAAUCUUCAAAGACAUUUCUAACCAUCUGGAUGAAACAGAUAUUGUUAUAAUAAUAUAAUAAUAUCUGUUGCACAAUAUAAAAGAAUUUUAACCUGUUUCUCAAGCUGCGACUGUAUUCUCUAUCCAAGUAGACAGAAAUUACAUCUUGUCUUUUCUGUAAAACACAAGCAAAAUAUUUAUUUUGUAUGAAAAUGUUAAAUAUUGGAAAGAAAUAUUCCAAUUAACUUUUUUAAUUUUGAUUUUGAUUCAUGUUGUAAAAAUUGAGCAAGAAUAUUUGUCAUUUCUGCCUACCAUCUGUGUUUGGAUUAGGAAAAUUGAGAAACGAGUUAAAAAUCGUCUCUUAAAUCAUGCAGCGGAUUAAAUAUUUUUUCAUCCAAACAGUUAGAAGAGACUCUAAGGAUUCUGGAAAUGCCUUCAGAACGACAGGAAGCUUUGUUAAACGACCUUUUGGGUUCAGUUUUCGGGAAAAAUCAGAUGCUUUGCCAAUGAGAGGCACAAACUGGGGCUGGUUGUACCCUUUAUGCACUUCCUCAGAGGGGUUUUUAGGAUAUUUUAGAGAGAAUCUGUUUAUUUGGAAACUGUAUGUAAAACUAUAUUUGUAACCCAACUGUUGGAUAUUCAUUAUUGGGAUUAGGCGGUGUGAUUUAAACCUCACAGAUACACAAUAUAUAACUAUAAUAAAAGUGACUGCUGUGAUGCAGGACUUUCUGCUUUGUGAACCAGCUAUUAAACUGCUACUAAAUGACAA